GUUUCUCUCUGAUUUCGUUAACCUGUGUCUUCCCGCCAAAUUUCCAUCAGUCUUGUGUUUACAUCAGCUUCUAUUUAUCAGUACUUUUCUGAACUCAUAUAUAGCGUGUUUUGUUAUAAUUCAUUGAAACAAUGGAUGCUGCUCCUCCACAAGCUGUUCGAGCACAUGUGCGAGAUGAGGUCGGGGUCAAGUGUCAGAAAUUGUUUCAGGAUUUCCUGGAGAGAUUUAAGGAAUUUGAGGUUGUUAAGUAUCUGGAGCCAGCUAAAGAGCUUGUCAGUCCAGAACGCUGUACCCUGGAGGUGUCUUUUGACGAUACGGAAGCAUUUAAUCAAACACUCGCUACAACUAUAAUUGAAGAAUACUACAGAGUAUAUCCAUUUUUAUGUCAAGCAGUGAGCAACUUUGUUAAAGAUGUGGGAAAUUUGCAGAAGGAUAAGGAAUGUUACGUCAGUUUUACCGAAGUACCUAUUAGGCAUAAAUUAAGAGAAUUAAAUACAUCACUGUUGGGUACUUUGACUCGUAUAUCUGGACAGGUCGUACGAACGCAUCCUGUUCAUCCAGAAUUGGUCCUUGGCACAUUUAUUUGUAUGGACUGUAACGCAUAUAUUAAAAAUGUGGAACAGCAAUUUAAGUUUACAAAUCCAACAAUCUGCUCUAAUCCAGUAUGUAGCAAUAGACGUCGUUUCCUGUUAGACGUGGAUAAUUCGGUGUUCGUCGACUUUCAAAAAGUGAGAAUUCAAGAAACACAAGCUGAACUUCCUCGAGGCUCUAUACCCCGCUCUGUUGAAGUCAUUCUGAGAUCUGAGAUAGUCGAGAUGGUACAAGCUGGCGACAGAUAUGAUUUUUCAGGAACUCUUAUAGUAGUGCCGGAUGUAGGGGCAUUAACUUUACCGAGUGCCAAGGCAGAAAUUGGACCAAGAAAUAGAAAUAGUGAACAGAGGGAAGGUGUGUCUGGCCUUAAGGCGCUUGGUGUUAGGGAACUGACGUAUAAAAUGGCAUUUCUCGCCUGCAGCCUUACCAAUACGAGCGCAAGGUUUGGAGGAACAGAUGCGAUGGAAGAAAUUUCGCAAGAAGCAAUGAAAAAACGAAUGACGGAAGCAGAGUGGAAUCGUAUCUACGAGAUGAGUCGCGAUAAAAACCUGUACUCAAAUAUAGUUUCCAGUCUGUUUCCCGCUAUACACGGUAACGAUGAAAUUAAAAAGGGGGUCACGCUGAUGUUCUUUGGCGGUGUAGCGAAAACCACGGAGGAGGGCACGUCGCUGAGAGGAGAUAUCAAUGUCUGCAUCGUCGGUGAUCCCAGUACCGCCAAGUCGCAAUUUCUUAAAUGUGUAGCCGACCUUUCGCCCAGAGCAGUUUACACGUCUGGAAAAGCGUCAACUGCAGCUGGUUUGACGGCUGCAGUUGUACGAGACGAAGAAUCUUCGGACUUUGUCAUAGAAGCUGGAGCGUUGAUGCUCGCGGAUCAUGGCAUCUGCUGCAUUGAUGAAUUCGAUAAAAUGGAUCCGAAAGAUCAAGUCGCGAUUCACGAAGCUAUGGAACAGCAGACAAUUUCAAUAACUAAGGCCGGUGUGAGAGCAACUUUAAAUGCUCGAACUUCUAUACUAGCGGCAGCAAAUCCCAUCGGUGGACGAUAUGACAGAAGAAAAUCAUUACAGCAAAAUGUACAAUUAACCGCACCUAUUAUGUCGAGAUUUGAUUUGUUCUUUGUAGUGCUGGAUGAAUGUAAUGAAAUCGUCGAUAACGCGAUUGCUAAGAGAAUCAUAGAUUUACAUUGUGAUAACGUGAACGAUAUUCAAGUCGUGUACCAACAAGAUGAGAUUAUUAGAUAUAUGAAUUUUGCUAAACAGUUUAAGCCCAUUUUAAGUCAGGAAGCUGCUGAGCUUUUAGUCGAAAAUUACACAGCUCUCAGACAAAGAACAGGUAGUGGAAGCGGCAAAUGGAGGGUCACUGUGAGGCAGUUAGAGAGCAUGAUUAGAUUGUCCGAAGCAUUGGCGAAAAUAGAAUGCAUGGACGAAGUGACAGUAAAGCACGUCAAAGAAGCGAAACGAUUGUUACAAAAGAGUAUAAUUACGGUAGAACAGCCUGAUGUAGACCUCGAAGAAGGAGUGAACGACGCAAACUUAGGAAUGGACAUCGAUGACCAGCCACCUCCGCUCAUGGCAGCAUUUGUUGCUGACGGCAACAAUGAUGCACCGCCUUCAACACCGUCUAACGAAACGCCGCACGAACCGUCAAAGAAAAAAUUAACUCUAUCCUUUGAGGAAUAUAAGAAUCUGUCGAACAUGUUAGUGCUUUAUAUGAGAGGCGAGGAAAGUCGUGUCGAAAGUGAAGAUGACAAUAAGGGUGGCAUGCGGAAAUCCGAAUUAAUUGCGUGGUAUCUUGAUCAAGUACAAGAUCAACUAGAUUCAGAAGAGGAGUUAUUAGACCGGAAAAACUUUAUUGAGAAGAUUAUCGAUAGAUUGACGUAUCAUGAUCAAAUUAUAAUACCUUUAACAACGACUAGCUUGAAAAGCAAAGAUAGAGGAGACGAAGAAGAGGAGGAUCCUUUACUCGUUGUUCAUCCCAAUUAUGUCAUGGAUAUAUAAUUUUAAGAAUUGAUGUACCUUGAGAGAAAGCGCAUUAUUUUAUAAAAAGUAAUUAUACGUUCAGAAAUAUUCUUUUAUCUUAAUGUAUUAAUGCCAUAUUUUUUUA